AUGAACGGCGCUGCGCUUAUUGAGCAAGCCACGUUUGUAACGGAGCGGGCCUGGGAGUACGCGAGCAACACGACUUCCGUCUUCAGUAAGGCUCGCUCGCUUGUCGCUGGGGAUGCACAGUUCUUCUCGGUUGCCCCCAGAGUCGAUGAUCUUCGACGCAGCCUGAGCUCGGAGUCGCUCCAUGACAAGCGCGAUGGCAUGAAGCGCAUCGUUGCGCAGAUGUGCAAGGGUAGUGACAUGCGUCACUUCUUUCCUGAUGUGGUCAAGAACAUCCACGUCCCCUACAUCGAGCUGCGUAAGCUCAUCUAUGUCUUCAUUGUUUAUUAUGCUGAAGACUGCCCCAACGAGACACUCCUGUCCAUCUCUGCCUUUCAGAAGGACCUGCUCGACCCCAGCAUGCAUGUCCGCGCCCUCGCCCUCCGCAUGCUUGCGUCGCUCCGCAUUCAUGCCAUUCAGCCAGUAGUGCUGGUUGCCGUGAGGAAGUGUGCCAGCGACAUGGCACCGCUGGUGCGCAAGACGGCCGCCCUCGCGCUGGUGCAAAUGCACACGGUAGCUCGCCAGGAACUAGACCUUGACACUGUGCGCCAGCUGCUGCGUACUUUUCUGUCCGAUCGAAGUCCUGAAGUGGUCGGUGCAGCCGCGAUGGCGUACAUGAGGAUCUGCCCAGAGGAGUGGGACCUGGUUCACGGCGUGUACCGCCGCCUGUGCAGGAUUCUGAAGGACUGCGAGGAGUGGGGCCAGGUGGUCCUGCUGCGCUUGCUGUUGCGCUACGCCCGUCGGCACUUCGUCGACCCCAGAAGGCCAUUCGCAGCAAGGGCUGCCCGAUGCAGCCGCGGCUCCUCGGGCAUGAGUGGGAAAGGGACGGACGGUGACGAUGACGAUGACGACGCGACGUCCUCGUCCCACUUCUCCAUCGCCCCACCAUCACGGGAGUACGAAGCCCAGAGGGGCGAUGCCGCUGCGGAGGCACAGAUGGACCCAGAUCUGCUGCUGCUUCUCAAUUCGACUCGGCCGCUGCUGUGGAGCCUGAACAGCUCCGUUGUGGUGGCGGCCAUCGCCCUCUUAUGUCACUGUGGCACACAGCGCUUUCAGGAGACGUGCGUGAAGUCGGCGAUGCGACUGCUGAGCACGUGCACCGAGGGCCACAUUGCCGUGCUGCAUGUCAUCUAUGACCUACUUCUGCUUCAGCGUGAUGCAUUCCUUCCUUAUCUAAAGAGUUUCUUUCUGUUUCCUCUGGAUGCAGCGGAUGUGCGGCAUGUGAAGCUACGGAUUCUCUCCCAUCUGGUGACGUCCGCCACCUCGGCAGAGGUGUCUCGUGAGUUCCGCUCUUACCUGCGGCAGUACAACGACGCCGCCGUUGUAGAGGCAAUUCAAGGACUGGCCCAGGCGGUGCAACAGUACCCACCCUUUGCUGCACACACCAUCCGUCUCGUGACCCCACUGCUCUCGAGUCGGACCAGCUCUCCUGUUGUCGUCGCGGAUGCCGUAGCGAUACUGCGUGUGCUGGUAUUGCAGGGCACUGACCCGGUACGCAUCUCACGACUUGCAUGCCAGCUAACACUUGACAUUAUGGAGGAGCGGAUUACGGAGCCGUCGGCGGUGGCGACCAUUCUCUGGUUGACAGGUGAGAACAUAUCCAAGCAUCCUUCCAUGGCGGCUGCAGCACCGGACUGCUUCCGCGUGUUUGCGAAGCGCUUUGGUGGCCUCACUUCGGAGGUGAAGCGGCAGGUGCUCACCCUGGGCUGCAAGGUGUGGGUGCAGUUGCAGGGCAACAGCGAACUCUCGGAGCGCUUCAAGCAGGUGUACCACUACGUUGCGGAGCUAGCCAGGUACGACGACGAUUACAUGAUUCGCGAUGAGGAGCGACUCACAGAGGCGACGUUUGAUCGGCAGAGCGACACAUUUACAGGCGUGCGGGCCGCGCUGCUGCGUGCAAAGCCGCUGCCAGACGUCAACGACCCCUACUCUGAGCGAGCUGGACUGGAGAUUGGUACCUUCUCCAACCUGCUAGGGCCGGCGGUGCGCGUCUUAGACCCGCUGCCGACCUGGGCAACGGAAGCGACGGAUGGAACACUGCGUCGCUCUUUCGAAGAGAUGAACACCUCUGCCGCCGCGGUGGCGCUCUUUGAGCGCACCUCCGGCGAGAAAGAGAGCGGCAGCAACGAUAGUAGCUACACGGACGGAGAAGAGAGCGACGACAGUGGCGAUGCGGCCUCGUCGUCCGGGUCCUACGAGUCCAGCUACAGCGCCUCUAGCGACGCGGAGAAUGAGAGUGGCAAGUCGAGCUCCCACUCUGACGGCGAUGUCGCGGCGCCGUCCAGAGCUCCAGCGAUGCAGAAGGUUAGCAGCGGUGUUAGCACGGCGAAGGCGUCACUGCCAAAGUUCGCGGUGAAGAUCACGAUGCAGUCAGUGCCGCCGUCCGUUCCCUCUCCAGCUCCUGCACAGGCGACCAUGACGGCGACCGAGAAGACAGACGCCACGCCCGCUGCCGUACCAGAGCUGCCGCCGGCGCCGGAGACCGUCGCCGAACCCAAUCUGUAG